AUUGAACGAAUGUCAGCUGCCAACCAUAACCUCAGAGAUUCGAAAAACGAGCUGUACCAAACCAUAAAUCAUUUUGUAAAAAUAUGGCAUUAAUGAGUUUAAGAAAUUUUGUAAAAUGUGGACAAACACUUAGCGAUACUAUUAAUUUCAAUUCAAGGAGUUUAAUAAUAUCUUCAAUAAGACAUUCAAAUCUUGCUGAAGAGUCCAAAACGCAAACACAAAGUUCAACCGAACCAGAUUCUAAUGUAGUAUCUAACCCAGAAAUUGAUAAUUUAACCAAGCAAAUUGCAGAACUCACAUCCCAAAAAGAUGAACUAUUGGAUAAAUACAAACGCUCCUUAGCAGAGACUGAAAAUAUUAGGAAAAGAUUAACUAAACAAAUAGCCGAAGCAAAAAUUUAUGGAAUCCAAAAUUUUUGCAAAGAUUUAUUAGAUGUUGCAGAUGUAUUGAGUAAAGCAACAGAGACUGUACCAAAAGAAGAAUUAAAUAAUAAUAAUCCACAUCUUAAAAGCUUAUAUGAAGGUCUGUGUAUGACUGAAUCACAAUUAAUGAAUGUAUUUAAGAGACAUGGACUUGAAAAAGUUAAUCCAUUAAAUGAAAAAUUCAAUCCAAAUUUCCAUGAAGCCCUUUUUCAGCAGGAGGUUGACGGAAAAGAACCUGGUACAGUUGUGAUAGUCUCCAAAAUUGGAUACAAAUUACAAGAUAGGGUGAUAAGGCCAGCAUUAGUUGGAGUUUCAAAAUAAAAUUUUUGCAUUAGAUGUAUAUAAUAUAUAAGUAUGUAUUGGUCCAAUGUGAUUUUAAUUAUUUCACUGGUGACUAUAUUUACAAUAUAGUGUUAUAAUUUUUAUAAAAAUCUGCAGUAAAUGUUUAUUAUUGUUCUGG